AUGGAAACAGGGUUGUUAGAUGCAAAACCUGCAGAUUUUCCCAUGGAGCAAAACCAUAGGCUAUCUUUGGCAGAUGGGGAUUUAUUUGAUGAUGUAGAGAGGUAUAGACGUCUUAUAGGACGUUUGAUUUAUUUAGCUGUCACUAGGCUAGACUUGGCCUAUUCUGUGCAUAUUUUAUCUCAAUUUAUGCAGAGCCCGAGGGUAGAGCACUGGGAUGAUGCCUUGCGAGUUGUGCGAUAUCUGAAGAAGAGUCCAAGUCAGGGUAUCCUGCUAAGGUCUAAUAGUGCUCUACAGUUGGAAGGAUGGUGUGAUUUGAAUUGGGCGAGUUGUCCAUUAUCUCGACGUUCGUUGACAUGUUGGUUUGUGUUUCUUGAUCUAUCUCCCAUGUCAUGGAAGACCAAGAAACAACCCACAAUAGCUAUGAGCUCCGCCAAGGCAGAGUACAGAUCUAUGUACGCUUGCACUCGUGAGUUGAAGUGGCUAAAGAGGAUUAUGAGAGAUUUAGGUGUGCGACAUAAGAGUGGAAUGCACCUCUAUUGUGACAGUCAGUCAACAUUAUACAUUGCGUAG